CUCUUCGAUUCGCAGUCGACGACGGCAAAUCAAGGCCAUGAGAAGUCCUUUUCACAUUAAUAUAUUGCAAUUUACUCUCCUCUAUUCUUGAUAGCCCAUAGCUUACCAUUUAUGACGAAACAUCCACGCAAUGGAGUCCAUGAACCCGAAGUCAAAUGAAGAACCACCGUCGCUGCCCAAAUCACUCCACACCGCAUUGAACGAUCUUCAUCGUCGCCCCUAUCCACAUGUUCCCAACCCUCCAUCGUGCAAGAAACGUGCUUCAGUAGCUCUGGUCCUCCGGGUACGACCAGCAUAUGAUCAUUGGCCCGAUUCGCCUUCCCUACCCGUUGAGCAAGAUCAAGCCGUCUCCACUGAACAACGAUUGAAGUCAUUCUUCUAUCAGCCCUGGGUUCAGCAUGGAUCACCAGAGGUCCUGUUUAUCAAACGGGCAUCACGUGUGGGAGACCGCUGGACAGGACAUGUUGCGUUCCCUGGAGGGAAGCGUGAUGCGGAAGAUACAGAUGACCGAGCGGUUGCAAUUAGAGAGACCUCGGAGGAGGUAGGAUUGGAUUUGACGACAAAUGACUAUAUUUACAUUGGAAAUUUGCCAGAGCGGGUAGUAACCACCAGCUGGGGCUCAGUACCGUUGAUGGUCCUCUGUCCUUUCGUCUUUUUGUCGACUCGGAGCGAUUCACCAACUCUCAAAUUGCAACCAACAGAGGUCGCUUCAUCGCAUUGGGUACCUCUCGAAAGUCUUCUAUCACCUUCAGCACGGACGGUUGAGUAUGUUGACAUGUCUCAACGAUUUGCAAACCGAGGCGGGCUCAUUGCUCGCCUUCUAUGUCGGUCCCUGAUGGGGUGGAUGGAGUUCGCUGCGAUUCAGUUGCAACCAAGUGAAAGUUUAAUCUGCAAUACGACUCCGAACCCGGAUACCAUUACAAACCAGUCAAGCUCUUCAACCUUCCAAAGAUGGAAAACGUGUUGCUCAACCGCCGCCUCCGUUGACUCAACUCGACCCCUGCAUCUGUGGGGACUGUCCUUGGGAAUCUUGGCCGACUUCCUUGAUAUGCUCCCGCCGCAUACGGCCGUGCGGUUGUGGAAGUAUCCUACUUUUACAAGCCCUGACUUGCGCUUCAUAAUCAGCAUUCUGACGUAUCGUCUCCGAAAACGCAAUAUCCUCCAUGUGAGCUCUGGGGCUCGGACAGUCAUAAAUAACACGGCCGUGGACGGCCAAACCGUGGCGUUGGCAGUACUUCAAGAAACCAAUACACAGCACGACCAUAACGAUGUUGGAAUUGGAGGCUUGGGAGUGGGCAGGUACUACGGAGCUUCAGACAAAGCUUCCGACGGGAGCACAUAUGCUGUCGGCAUUAUGCUCAGAGGCUACUACGAGAAGCUGCGUGUUGCGAUUUAUGUCUUCCUCGCAUGGAGGAUUGCCUUGGGCUCCGUGGCGGCGGUCUACGCAUGGAAAUUCCUUCGAGAUCGUCGAAUUCGUCGGUGACAAGGUCUCCGCCUUUGUACGGAGGCGAUCUUGUAUAGUAUAAAUUCCUGGUGAUUCGAGAACUGGUACAUACUACAGUGUAUGUCCAGCCUUUAGGACCGAGUCGAAGAUAAGGAGAUUUUGGUCGUAUAUAUGCAACAGAUACUGUACAUGGAAGCUGCUUUACUGGAUAGAGCAAGUAGACUGUCACCAGCUUCCUCCAAGUACAUUCGGAAUUGAACC